AUGGUUUUUAUGGCAGCGGGGUUUUUUUUUUUAAACGUAACUGAGUUUCUCUCUUUAGACUUACGUUAUGCAGCAAUAUUCAUGACGAUUUAUUUGCCGUUCCAUCGAUUUGUUCAUCUAAUUGUUUUCCUUUCUGCUUCUGUCCAUUCUUCUGUUUUAGCACAGUUUUUGGCUGGUGUACUGCUCGAUUCCAUUGGUCGUAGACUUGAAAUAAUCACGAUACCAGUAAAGCUCUCAUCCUCUUACUUUUUUCGUUAUCUCUCGAUUUCAUUUGUCUGUUAUGAAUUUGACAAGAAUGAAAGGAGAGCUGUUUUUGAAAGAGUUCAUUUUCCUCUUCCUUCUAAGUAUUUACUUUUAAAACGUCUAUCUAUUCCUUCAUUUAGUAUCUAUCUAUCUAUCUAUCUAUCUAUCUGGGAGAGAUUGUCUCCAUGUAUAUGCCCGUGCAUAAUAAUGAAUAAACUAGAUUAG